AUGUCUCGACUCGGAAAUUUGACAGGCACGCGCACGAGGUGGUGGCAGGGGGCUGCGUUCCAGUUCGGGGUGCCGUUCGUGGGCUCCAUGCUCAUCGGCUACGUGUUCGUGGCCAACGUCGUGGCUGACAAACUGCAUGACCGAGACAGUUUGAUGACGAUCGGCACCCGCGACGACGUGGAGUACACGGGGGACGCCAACAAGCGCCAGGUCACGUCCCUGCGCGACGAGCUGGAGGACAUGAAGCGCCGCACGGUGGCGAACGAGGAGCUGCAGAACAAGCCGACGCCGGGCGGCUCGCGCGGCCAGGGGUGGGUGGACGCGACGGCGCCGGCACAGAUUGACGAGGAGGCCGAGUGGUCGACCGCGAACGCCGCCGUCGCCACAGUCAGCCGCAACAAGCCGGGGCGCUACCAGUAG